GGAAAAGGAACUGGUUCUGGUCACAGGACAUUGCUUUAUGGUAAUGCUAUACUUUUGCGGCAUCAUAAUAGUGAUAUGUACCUAGCAUGCCUUUCCACUUCUUCCUCAAACGAUAAGCUGUCUUUUGACGUUGGAUUGCAAGAACAUAGCCAAGGUGAGGCUUGCUGGUGGACAGUACAUCCUGCAAGUAAACAAAGGUCUGAAGGCGAGAAAGUACGAGUGGGUGAUGAUCUGAUUUUAGUUUCUGUAGCCACCGAACGAUAUUUGCACACCACUAAAGAAAACGAACAGUCAAUUGUUAACGCCAGUUUUCAUGUAACGCACUGGUCGGUUCAACCUUAUGGAACUGGUAUAUCCCGAGUGAAAUAUGUUGGAUAUGUUUUUGGCGGUGAUGUUUUACGAUUUUUUCAUGGCGGUGAUGAAUGUUUAACUAUACCAAGUACAUGGGGUCGUGAAGCAGGCCAAAACAUUGUUGUGUAUGAGGGUGGCUCAGUAAUGUCGCAAGCUCGUUCGUUAUGGCGUCUCGAAUUGGCACGCACUAAAUGGACUGGUGGCUUUAUUAACUGGUAUCAUCCAAUGCGCAUACGUCACAUUACCACUGGACGAUAUCUUGGUGUGAACGAAAAUAACGAAUUAGUUUUGGUGAAAAAAGAGGAAGCAUCUAUUGCAUCAACGACUUUCUGCUUAAGACAGGAAAAAGAUGACGAGAAAAAAGUACUGGAGGACAAAGAUCUAGAAGUUAUCGGUGUACCUAUCAUCAAGUAUGGUGAUACCACCGUUAUUGUGCAACACUGUGAGUCCAGCCUAUGGCUCAGCUACAAAAGCUAUGAAACUAAGAAAAAGGGUGUCGGCAAAGUGGAAGAAAAACAAGCAAUUCUUCAUGAAGAGGGAAAAAUGGAUGAUUGUUUAGACUUUUCACGAUCUCAAGAAGAGGAAUCCAAAACUGCGCGGGUUAUUCGAAAAUGCAGUAGUCUUUUUACACAAUUCAUCAAUGCUUUGGAAACACUACAAUCUAAUCGACGACAUUCAAUAUUCUUUCAAAAAGUAAACUUAAACGAAAUGGUCAUGUGCCUUGAAGAUUUAAUCAAUUACUUUUCGCAACCUGAAGAUGACAUGGAACACGAAGAGAAGCAAAAUCGGUUUCGAGCACUUCGAAAUCGGCAGGAUCUCUUUCAGGAAGAAGGAGUUUUAAAUCUAAUAUUAGAAGCUAUUGAUAAAAUUAAUGUAAUCACUUCACAAGGAUUUUUGGCCAGUUUUUUGGCGGGUGAUGAGACUGGUCAAAGUUGGGACCUAAUAUCGACAUACCUUUAUCAACUAUUGGCAGCAAUAAUUAAAGGAAAUCAUACUAAUUGUGCGCAAUUUGCCAACAGUAACCGCCUAAAUUGGCUAUUUUCACGAUUAGGCUCACAAGCAUCUAGUGAAGGAUCCGGCAUGUUGGAUGUGUUGCACUGUGUUCUUAUUGACUCUCCAGAAGCACUGAACAUGAUGCGCGAUGAACAUAUUAAAGUAAUAAUUUCCUUACUUGAAAAACAUGGGCGAGAUCCCAAAGUACUUGACGUGCUAUGUUCACUGUGCGUAGGCAAUGGAGUGGCGGUUAGAUCAUCCCAAAAUAAUAUAUGCGAUUUUCUGUUGCCUGGAAAAAAUUUAUUAUUGCAAACGCAGCUUGUGGAUCACGUAGCCAGCAUACGUCCGAAUAUAUUUGUUGGUCAAGUAGAUGGAUCUGCGAUGUACCAAAAGUGGUACUUCGAAGUUACUAUGGAUCAUAUUGAGCAAACUACUCACAUGAUUCCGCAUUUGAGAAUAGGAUGGGCUAAUACUUCUGGCUAUGUUCCUUACCCAGGUGGUGGUAAAAAGUGGGGAGGAAACGGCGUAGGAGAUGAUCUUUAUUCCUUCGGUUUUGACGGCGCCCAUUUAUGGACGGGUGGUCGUCGAACUUUGGUUGUUAAUGACUUACCACAUGAACCAUAUAUUCGAAAAGGAGAUGUUAUUGGCGUUACUAUAGAUCUUUCAAUACCUAUUAUUACAUUUUCUUUUAAUGGAAGCAAGGUUCGUGGUUGCUUCAAGGAGUUUAAUUUGGAUGGUAUGUUCUUCCCUGUAAUGAGUUGUUCUUCAAAGUUGAGUUGCCGCUUUCUUUUUGGUGGAGACCACGGCCGUUUAAAAUAUACCCCACCUCUGGGAUUCUCCCCAUUAGUUCAGUGUUUGAUGCCACAUCAAAAUCUAAGUUUGGAUCCAUGUUUUUACUUUGGAAACUUAAAUAAAAAUGUUUUAGCCGGACCGUGGCUAAUCGAAGAUGACACUGCAUUUGUACCUAACCCUGUUGACACUUCUGGUGUCGCACUUCCUUCCUCUGUGGAUCAUAUAAAGGAAAAACUAGCAGAAAACAUCCAUGAAAUGUGGGCACUGAACAAAAUAGAAGCAGGCUGGUCUUGGGGAGAGCACAGAGAUGACUACCAACGAAUACAUCCAUGUCUUACUCAUUUUGAGAAACUACCUUUACCAGAGCGUCGCUACGAUAGUCAAUUGGCGGUGCAAACACUUAAGACCAUAAUAGCUCUUGGAUAUUAUAUUACUAUGGACAAGCCGCCUGCCCGUAUUCGUCCCAUCCGAUUACCAAAUGAAAUCUUUAUGCAGGCUAAUGGCUACAAACCUGCUCCCUUAGAUCUCAGUGCAGUCACACUUUCUCCAAAAUUAGAGGAAUUAGUAGACCAGUUGGCUGAAAAUACACAUAAUUUAUGGGCUCGUGAGCGAAUCCAACAAGGUUGGACUUAUGGACUCAAUGAAAACUCCGAAAACCACCGCAGCCCACACUUGGUGCCUUAUUCGAAAGUGGAUGAAGCAAUUAAAAAAGCAAAUCGUGAUACCGCUUCUGAAACAGUACGUACUCUCUUGGUGUAUGGAUAUAUAUUAGAUCCACCAACAGGUGAAGGCAAUGAGGGAUUACUAGCUGAAGCGCAACGAUUAAAAUUUGCUGCUUUUCGCACUUAUCGCGUCGAAAAGAAUUAUGCCGUCACAUCUGGAAAAUGGUACUUCGAGUUUGAGGUUCUUACAGCGGGUCCAAUGCGUGUAGGAUGGGCUAGAGCAGACUGUCACCCAGGGACCAUGUUGGGCAGCGACGACUCCAGUUGGGCUUUUGACGGGCAUAACGAAGAAAAAAUUGCUGGUGGCACCUGUGAAUCUUUUGGUAAACAAUGCGGGCAUGGCGAUAUUGUCGGCGUGUUCUUAGAUCUCGCCGACCACACAAUCAGUUUUUCACUUAACGGAGAACUUCUUAUGGACGCUUUAGGUGGUGAAACAACUUUUGCUGAGGUGUCUGCAGAAGGCGUAGGAUUUGUACCUGCUUGCACUUUGGGUGUGGGACAAAAAGCACGUUUAAUAUAUGGGCAAGAUGUGGACUCGCUGAAGUUUUUUACUACAUGUGGCCUACAGGAGGGCUAUGAGCCAUUUUGCGUUAAUAUGCGUCGCCCAGUAACUCAUUGGUACACUAAGGAUCAACCAAUUUUCGAAAACACUGAAGAAAUGCCUGACUGUCGAAUAGAUGUUACACGUAUCCCAGGAGGAGCAGAUACCCCACCACAUUUGAAAAUAUCUCAUAAUACGUUUGAGACAAUGGAAAAGGCUAAUUGGGAAUUUUUACGACUUUCUCUGCCUGUUACUUGCAUGAGUCAAUUUAUAACUGAGUUAGAAAAGACUCGUCGAUGGGAAGAAAUUAAAAUACGGCAGUAUCAAUUACAACGCGAAGCUCAAGAUUUAGCUAUUCAACAACAACAACAAGCUGCUGCUAACGUAGAUCAUAUGUUGAAAGGUGGCUUCACCAUGAGUGACAUUAAAGGUCUUCAUCAAAAUUUUCAUGACGCCGUGGAAUCAGAAGAACAAUUGGCACGCAGUCCCGCAAGACCACCUCGUCGCAGUUCCUUGACACGAAAUAUAACUUUCGAGUCAGACGUGACGACCGACAUGCGAGGAUCUACUGCGUUUGAUAUGGUAAACGGUAUUAAUGGAUUGAAUGGAACUGAUGAAGGAAUUGAUGAUAAAAAAAAACGUGGUAGAAGCCCUUUUAAAUUUUUCUCCAAGAAAUCGCGGGACCAAAGUAGAGAUAAAACAGGUAGCACAUUCCAAGAAACAUCACUCGAACGUAGAAAUACUGUUGCACAUGGACGCAAUGUUGUAAAUGCUCAAUUAUCUACAAAAACACCAACUCUACGCUUGAAUAAUGCCGAUAUACCGAUUUCUCCAAUGCAACAAGGCCCUAAGCAGUUGACCUCUACUACUUUGGGGCAACCAACUAUAGAAUCAUCUGGCAACGAAUUAUUUGACACUGAGUGUUUGAAGUUAAUAAAUGAAUAUUUUUACGGCGUUCGUAUAUUUCCUGGACAAGAUCCAACACAUGUCUAUGUCGGUUGGGUUACAACACAAUAUCAUCUUCACAGUAAGGAGUUUAACAAAUCAAAAGUACGAUGUGGUUCUGUUGUUAUUGAAGACGAAUAUGAAGUUAUUAUAGAUCGAAUUGAUAGACAGAGUUGCUACGUUGUAAGAGCUGAUGAACUUUUUAAUGAAGUAACGCAAGAUUCUUCCGGAAAAGGCGCCUCUCAGGGAAUGUUUAUUGGAUGUUUUGUGGACACCUCGACGGGUAUUAUUCGUUUCACUUGUGAGGGGAAAGAAACUGCUCACCGCUGGAUGAUGGAACCAGACACAAAGCUUUUUCCAGCAAUAUUUGUGGAAGCAACGAGUAAAGAAAUUUUACAGAUUGAAUUGGGGCGAACAUCUACAACUUUACCUCUUUCUGCUGCUGUUCUCCCUACAAGCGAUAAGCAUAUUAAUCCUCAGUCUCCUCCUCGCCUUAAGGUACAGUGUCUCCGGCCUCAUCAAUGGGCACGUGUUCCAAAUACAGCUCUGCAAGUGCACGCUCUCAAACUUUCCGAUAUAAGAGGUUGGUCUAUGUUAUGCGAAGAUCCAGUAUCAAUGCUUGCCCUUCACAUACCCGAAGAAGAUCGCUGCAUUGACAUUUUGGAGUUAAUAGAGAUGGACAAAUUAUUAUCAUUCCAUGCUCAUACCCUUACAUUAUAUGCCGCGCUUUGUUACCAGUCCAACUAUCGUGCUGCUCAUGCUCUUUGUCAGCACGUUGACCAAAAACAGCUUCUGUACGCAAUAAGGUCGGAAUACAUGAGCGGCCCUCUUCGACAAGGAUUUUAUGACCUAUUAAUUGCACUUCACUUGGAGUCACACGCCACUACAAUGGAAGUAUGUAAGAAUGAAUACAUAACUCCGCUUGGCACUGAGCUAAAAGAAUUAUACAGCGAUGAUGAAAUGUGCCACUCGUUGCGUUCACUUAUAACAGAGUCGGUGCGCCCCCAAAUGCGAAUGACGGAUAUUACACCCCCUGUAUAUAGCCAUACAUCUAGUUUACCAAGUGUUUCCAGUGAACCAAUACCCAACAUCGAUCAACUGUACUCUCCGAAAUUUCCACUUGAAGUAGUAAGAGAGUUUGUAAUGGAGGCAUUGAAAGAAGCAGUUGAAGUCAAUCAAGUUCACAACCGUGAUCCAAUUGGUUGGACUAAUGAGAAUUUAUUCUUACCACUUCUUAAGCUUACUGAUCGAUUAUUAUUAGUUGGCGUUCUUACGGAUGUGGAUGUACAAAAACUACUCAUUAUGAUUGAUCCUGAAACAUGGGAUAUCACAUUCGAAAAAGACGGCAAAGAUGAACAUCGGAAAGGCCUAUUGACGAUGAAAAUGGCCGAAGGAGCUAAGCUUCAAAUGUGUUACCUCCUUCACCACCUUUAUGACAUACAACUGCGGCAUAGGGUUGAAAGUAUCAUAUCAUUUUCUCAUGAUUUUGUUGGUGAUUUGCAAGGCGAUCAGCUUCGGCGAUACAUUGAAAUAAAGCAGUCGGAUCUUCCAAGUGCUGUGGCUGCCAAAAAAACUAAAGAGUUUCGUUGUCCCCCUAGAGAGCAGAUGAAUCAAAUACUGUGCUUUAAAAAUCUUGAGUCUGAUGAUCAAGAAAAUUGUACAUGUGGCUUAGAUUUAAGAAGUAGAUUGUAUGAUUUUCAUGAUAGCCUUAUGAAAAAGGUAUCUCUUAAUGCUCUGCAAGAACCCGAUGAAGUGGAUUGUAAUGCAAUUGAAGAAGUGAAAACGGGACCAAUUACAAAAAUUUAUAAUUUCAUAAAUGCUGUUAAAGAACUAGAAGAAGGACCUAAAGAAAUUGAGGAACCGGAGAAGAAAACUCCAGAAGAAGUUUUUCGAAAAGUAUUAAUAAAAACUAUUGUCAGUUGGGCUGAAGAAUCGCAAAUAGAAAACCCGAAGCUUGUACGUGAAAUGUUCAGUUUAUUAGUUCGCCAAUAUGAUACUGUGGGUGAAUUGGUUCGAGCUCUGGGUAAAACCUACGUUAUUAAUAACAGAGCUAGAGAGGACGUAGCUGAAAUGUGGGUUGGCUUAAGUCAAAUUCGCGCUUUACUUCCGGUACAAAUGAGUCAAGAAGAGGAGGAGCUUAUGAGAAAACGUCUUUGGAAAUUGGUCAAUAACGCUACAUUCUUCCAACACCCUGAUCUUAUACGAAUACUUAGAAUUCAUGAGAACGUAAUGGCAGUUAUGAUGAAUACAUUAGGAAGACGGGCGCAAGCACAAAGUGAUGCUCCCCCCCAAACGGAAGGGGUAGAAGGCGCACCCCCAAAAGAAAAAGACACAUCUCAUGAAAUGGUGGUUGGAUGCUGCCGCUUCCUUUGUUACUUUUGUCGUACAGGUCGUCAAAAUCAGAAAGCCAUGUUUGACCAUUUUGACUUCUUAUUAGACAACGCAAAUAUCCUACUGGCAAGGCCCAGCUUACGUGGUUCAACCCCAUUAGAUGUAGCAUAUUCAAGCUUGAUGGAAAAUACAGAAUUGGCUCUAGCACUAAGAGAACAUUAUUUAGAAAAAAUUGCUGUUUAUUUGUCGCGAUGCGGACUGCAAAGCAAUUCAGAAUUAGUUGAAAAAGGCUAUCCAGAUUUGGGAUGGGAUCCAGUGGAAGGAGAACGUUACUUAGAUUUCCUAAGAUAUUGUGUAUGGGUAAACGGGGAAAGCGUCGAAGAGAACGCAAACCUUGUCAUUCGUCUUCUUAUCCGCCGUCCAGAAUGUUUAGGACCGGCUCUAAGAGGAGAAGGGGAAGGCUUAUUCCGAGCAAUAGUGGAAGCUAACCGCAUGUCGGAGCGUAUUUCUGAUAGAUGUAACAUGCAAAAUGAGGCCGAAGGAACAAUUGCUGGUUUAAAUUUCACACAUCCAUUGCCUGAGGGAGAUGAAGAUGAAGACUAUAUAGAUACUGGUGCAGCGAUUCUUAAUUUUUAUUGUACGCUUGUUGAUCUUCUUGGAAGAUGUGCUCCAGAUGCCUCCGUCAUUGAACAAGGAAAAAAUGAAUCGCUUAGAGCUAGAGCUAUUUUGAGAUCAUUGGUCCCACUGGAAGAUCUUCAAGGCGUUCUCAGUUUAAAAUUCACAUUGACACAAACACCACCAGGAGAAGAGAGACCAAAAUCAGAUAUGCCGUCCGGACUUCUACCAAACAAUAAACAAAGCAUUGUUCUAUUUUUAGAACGAGUAUAUGGUAUAGAAACACAAGAUUUAUUCUACCGAUUAUUGGAAGAUGCAUUUUUACCUGAUUUACGAACAGCCACUAUUCUUGAUAAAAGUGAUGGUUCGGAAAGUGACAUGGCCCUUUCGAUGAAUCGUUACAUUGGUAAUUCAAUACUACCAUUACUUAUAAAACAUUCGAAAUUUUACAAUGAGGCCGAAAAUUAUGCUAGUCUUUUGGAUGCAACAUUGCACACUGUGUAUCGACUAUCAAAGAAUCGCAUGCUAACAAAGGGCCAGAGAGAAGCUGUAUCUGAUUUCUUGGUGGCACUUACAUCCCAGAUGCAACCUGCCAUGUUACUGAAACUAUUGCGCAAGUUGACUGUGGAUGUAUCCAAAUUAUCUGAAUAUACUACCGUGGCUUUAAGACUACUCACUCUUCACUUCGAUCGUUGUGCAAAAUAUUACGGUUCAUCUCAAGGUCAAGGGUCAUAUGGGGCAUCGUCUGAUGAAGAAAAACGAUUGACGAUGCUUCUAUUUUCUAAUAUUUUUGAUUCUCUUAGUAAUAUGGAUUAUGACCCGGAGUUAUUUGGAAAAGCAUUACCUUGUUUAAUUGCUAUUGGAUGUGCAUUGCCGCCUGAUUACAGUUUAUCGAAAAAUACUGAUGAAGACUAUUAUGGUCGACAAUCGGGAGCUCCGGAUCAGCCACAAUAUGAUCCCCAACCUAUUGAUACAGAAAAAGUACAAUUAAACAAUGAUCUCGAAGCACUGGUUCAGAAAUUUAGUGAACAUUACCAUGAUGCCUGGGCAAGUCGACGUUUAGAAAGUGGAUGGUCCUAUGGCGAGAUACGUUCCGAUAAUGAUCGAAAACAUCCUCGCCUGAAGCCUUACAGCAUGUUAAGUGAUUACGAACGUGAACGUUAUCGAGAUCCCGUGAGAGAAUGUCUGAAAGCCCUAGUUUCUAUUGGUUGGCGUAUUGAACAGUCAGAUAUUGAUGUUCCUCUCAAUCAUCGUGGAUCAACUCGUCGUCAAUCCAAACCGCAAAUCAACGAUUUUCAGAGUGAAAGCAGUCCGUUCAACUAUAACCCACAUCCGGUAGAUAUGACAAAUCUAACACUAAGUAGAGAAAUGCAAAAUAUGGCAGAACGUUUGGCUGAGAAUUCUCAUGACAUAUGGGCAAAGAAAAAGAAAGAAGAGCUUAACUCAUGCGGUGGUGUUAUACAUCCUCAACUUGUUCCUUAUGACUUAUUAACAGAUAAAGAAAAACGGAAAGAUCGUGAACGAUCACAAGAAUUUUUGAAGUAUAUGCAAUAUCAAGGCUACAAAUUACACAAGCCAUCUAAAGGAGGAGUUACAGAAGGAGAAGGAGGAGCCACACAAGCAGCAGUGGAACUUCGAUUUUCAUAUUCUCUAUUAGAAAAAUUAAUUCAAUAUUUGGAUCGGGCUACUAUUAAUAUGAAGCUGCUUAAGCCAUCGACCACAUUUAGCCGACGCUCAUCAUUCAAAACGGCUUCGCGUGACAUAAAAUUUUUCUCAAAAGUUGUACUUCCAUUAAUGGAAAAAUAUUUUUCUACACAUCGUAACUAUUUUGUUGCAAUGGCAACGGCAACAAACAUCACAGGCGCAGCUUCUCUGAAGGAAAAAGAAAUGGUAGCAUCUAUAUUUUGUAAAUUAGCAUCACUUCUUCGUAAUCGUCUUAGUGCCUUUGGACCAGAUGUGCGAAUCACAGUACGGUGUCUUCAAGUAUUAGUAAAGGGCAUAGAUGCUAAAACACUAGUUAAAAAUUGUCCAGAGUUUAUAAGAACAUCAAUGCUAACAUUUUUUAAUCAAACUGCUGAUGAUCUGGGUAAUACGAUUCUUAAUUUACAAGAGGGCAAGUAUAGUCAUCUUCGAGGCACACAUUUAAAAACAUCUACUUCAUUGAGCUAUGUAAAUCAAGUAGUACUACCUGCAUUAACUGCGAUGUUCGACCAUUUAGCUGCUUGCGAUUAUGGUAGUGAUCUUCUAUUAGACGAAAUACAAGUAGCUUCGUACAAAAUAUUAGCGGCAUUGUAUCACCUAGGAACUGAUGGAACGCUCACACAUGAUCGAAAAUAUUUAAGAACCGAAAUAGAGCGGCAUCGGCCCGCACUAGGCUCGUGCUUGGGCGCAUUCAGUUCUUGUUUCCCAGUCGCUUUCUUAGAACCACAUCUUAAUAAGCACAAUCAAUAUUCACUACUUAAUCGCAUUGCAGACCACUCAUUAGAAGCUCAAGAUAUUAUGGUUCGUAUGGAAAGCUGCAUGCCAAACUUAGAAACAAUUCUGGGAGAAGUCGAUUUCUUUGUUGAAUCAGAAAAAACAUAUAACGAUGCGCCGCAUAUAAUAGACGUUAUUUUACCUUUACUUUGCUCCUAUCUUCCGUUUUGGUGGGCACAGGGUCCGGAUAAUGUUAGCCCCACCAGUGGCAAUCACGUCACCAUGGUAACAGCAGAUCAUAUGAACUCACUUCUUCGUAACGUUUUAAAAAUGAUUAAAAAGAAUAUUGGGAAUGAUAAUGCUCCUUGGAUGACGAGAAUCGCUGCAUACACACAACAAAUAAUUAUUAACACUUCUGAAGAGUUGCUAAAGGAUCCGUUUUUGCCACUCGCCGAGCGUGUGAAAAAGCGGACAGAAAAUAUGUUUCACAAAGAAGAGAGUAUGCGUGGUUUUAUUAAAUCGGCCACUGAUGACACUUCUCAAGUGGAAACUCAGUUACAAGAAGACUGGCAACUUCUUGUUCGGGACAUUUAUUCGUUUUAUCCACUUUUAAUUAAAUAUGUUGAUUUGCAACGUAAUCACUGGCUUAAAGACAAUAUCCCCGAAGCGGAAGAUUUAUAUAAUCAUGUAGCUGAAAUAUUUAACAUAUGGUCAAAGAGUCAAUACUUUCUUAAGGAAGAGCAAAACUUCAUUUCGACCAAUGAAAUUGACAAUAUGGCGCUUAUUAUGCCUACGGCUACCAGACGAUCAGCAAUUACUGAAGGGGCACCCGUAACAGGUGGUAAAGUUAAAAAGAAGAAAAAGAACAGAGAUAAAAAGAGAGACAAAGAUAAAGAAGUACAAGCUAGUCUAAUGGUGGCUUGUCUGAAGCGUUUGCUUCCAGUUGGCUUAAAUUUGUUUGCUGGGAGAGAACAGGAGCUUGUACAGCAUUGUAAAGAUCGCUACUUAAAAAAAAUGCAAGAAUAUGAUGUUAUAGAAUUUGCUCGAAAUCAGUUGACACUUCCUGACAAAUUAGAUCCUUCUGAUGAAAUGUCUUGGCAGCACUAUUUGUAUUCAAAGUUGGGAAAAAGGGAGGAACUCGCAGAUGAACAGGCAUUGGAAAAACCUUCAAAUCAAAAUGAUAAAGGCAAAGACAAGACGCAAGAAACUGUUGACCGUAUAGUAGCCAUGGCUAAAGUUCUGUUCGGUUUACAUAUGAUUGAUCAUCCCCAACAACAAAGCAAGAACGUCUACAGGAGUGUUGUAUCCAUACAAAGGAAACGUGCCGUUAUUGCAUGUUUCCGUCAGACAUCUCUACAUUCUCUACCCAGACAUCGAGCUUGCAACAUUUUUGCCAGAUCAUACUAUGAGCAAUGGCUUCAAGAAGAAAACGUAGGUCAAGAGAUAAUGAUUGAAGACUUGACUCAAACGUUUGAGGAAUCCGAGAAAUCCAAGAAGGAAGAAGAAGAGUCUGAAGGUAAGCCAGAUCCACUUACGCAGCUAGUUACUACUUUCUGCCGUGGAGCGAUGACCGAACGAAGCGGAGCUUUGCAAGAAGAUUUACUAUAUAUGUCAUACGCACAAAUCGCUGCAAAGUCCUGUGGAGAGGAAGAAGAAGAGGGGGGUGAUGAAGAGGGUGGAGGAGAGGGCAAUGAGGAAGGAGCAAGCAUACAUGAACAAGAAAUGGAAAAACAGAAACUUCUCUUCCAUCAAGCGCGGCUCUCAAAUCGUGGCGUUGCGGAAAUGGUGCUGCUUCAUAUAUCCGCUUCAAAAGGUGUGCCCUCUGAAAUGGUUAUGACAACAUUAAAUUUGGGUAUAGCAAUACUCCGUGGUGGUAAUAUAGACAUUCAGAUGGGAAUGUUGAAUCAUCUGAAGGAGAAAAAAGAUGUGGGCUUCUUUACAUCAAUUGCAGGUCUUAUGAAUUCUUGUAGUGUAUUAGAUUUGGAUGCAUUUGAACGCAAUACAAAGGCAGAAGAGUACAUUCCAAGUGCGGGUGCAGGUCUUGGUGUAGGUUCGGAAGGAGCUGCUGGCGAGAAAAACAUGCAUGAUGCUGAGUUUACUUGUGCAUUGUUUCGAUUCAUUCAAUUGACUUGCGAAGGGCACAACCUAGAUUGGCAAAACUAUUUGCGUACGCAGGCGGGCAACACAACUACAGUCAACGUGGUGAUAUGUACUGUUGAUUACUUACUACGUCUACAAGAAUCCAUAAUGGACUUUUAUUGGCACUACUCUAGUAAGGAGAUCAUAGAUCCAGCAGGAAAGGCUAACUUCUUCAAAGCAAUUGGUGUGGCAAGUCAAGUAUUUAACACAUUGACUGAGGUCAUUCAAGGUCCAUGUACAUUAAAUCAACAAGCUUUAGCGCAUUCUCGUUUAUGGGACGCAGUUGGGGGUUUCCUCUUUCUUUUCUCGCAUAUGCAAGAAAAGUUGUCAAAGCAUUCUAGCCAAGUGGACUUAUUGAAAGAGCUACUUAAUUUGCAGAAAGACAUGAUUACAAUGAUGCUUUCUAUGCUCGAAGGAAACGUUGUUAAUGGUACAAUCGGAAAGCAAAUGGUGGACACACUGGUCGAGUCGGCUGGCAACGUAGAAUUAAUUCUAAAAUAUUUCGAUAUGUUUUUAAAAUUGAAAGAUUUGAUUGAAUCUCCAAGCUUUGCGGAAAUUGAUAUUAAAAAUGAGGGCUGGGUGACUCCAAAAGACUUUAGGGAUAAAAUGGAGCAAUCUAAGAAUUACACACCAGAUGAAAUGGACUUUCUUUUGGCAUGCUGUGAACGUAACCACGAAGGCAAAAUUGACUAUGGCGAUUUCGUUGAUCGUUUUCAUGAGCCAUCAAAAGAGAUCGGUUUUAAUUUAGCCGUAUUGUUAACGAAUCUGAGCGAACAUAUGCCGAAUGAGCCUCGUUUAGCCCGAUUCUUAGAGACAGCUGGAUCGGUGUUGAAUUACUUUGAACCCUUCCUUGGCCGUAUUGAGAUUUUGGGCAGCUCCAAGCGUAUCGAGCGCGUAUAUUUUGAAAUAAAAGACUCAAAUAUUGAACAAUGGGAAAAGCCACAAAUUAAAGAGUCCAAGAGGGCAUUCUUCUAUUCAAUUGUCACUGAAGGUGGAGACAAGGAAAAAUUAGAAGCUUUCGUUAAUUUCUGUGAAGAUGCUAUUUUUGAAAUGACACACGCCUCAGGCUUAAUGGCAACUGACGAUGGUGGUGGUAAUGUUAAACGGGAUACUGCCUACAGUUCCUAUAUGAGCGAAGAAGAGGAAGAACGUGCCGCACGGGAUCCUAUACGACGUACCAUGCAAGCUAUCAAAGACGGUCUUAAGUUCAUAGUGCAUAUCCUAAGCCCAUCAAAUAUAAAACAUCAAAUUGGGGUAAUGCAAACCAAGUCGUUGCCAGAACUUAUUAUUGGAUUCUUCAAAAUGAUAUUUUAUAUCUUUUAUUAUACUGGCUACGGAAAUUUCUGUGUAGUUCGUUACCUUUUAGGAAUUCUAAUGAAUCUAAUGCGUGGCCCAGCACCGGAAGAAAUUGAAGCUCCACCAAUGAAGGAGGAAACAUUUGGUAAGAUGUUGCCAGCAUUACCUAUUGAGGAACCACCGGGACCAGUGCAAGCGUUUGGGUUUGAAUUAAACAAAGAGGAAAAUGGUCAGUUCAAAGUAACAGUUCGUGAAUCACCCGGUGGUAGUGGCAACUCUUCAUUAGAAGAAACGGGUGAAUCAAGUCUAGAAGAGGGAGGAACAGCUGCUGAUCAAGCGGUUGAGAAUGAAACCUAUCAAUUUCAAGAACCAAUAUCAAUCGUUGAUUUACUAGGAGGAGAAGCUGCUAAAAAAGCAGCGCAAGAACGGCAAGAAGCACAAAAGGCCCAAGAAGCGGCUAUGGCUUCAAUUGAAGCCGAAGCUAAGAAAAAGUCAUCAGCAACUGCUCAAGAAACACCAGCGGUUAAUCAAAUUGACUUUGCUCAGUACGCACAUCGUGCCGUUAGUUUUCUCGCACGUAAUUUCUAUAACCUUAAAUAUGUUGCAUUGGUUUUAGCUUUUAGUAUAAAUUUUAUGUUACUCUUCUAUAAAGUAACAUCUUUUGGUGAUGAUGAAGAGGCUUCAGGUGAUGAUGAACUUAUUCUUAGUUCUGGAUCUGGCGGUAGUCUAACAGCAUCCGGAUUUGCUGGAGGUUCAGGAGAUGGUUCCGGCGAUGGUGCAGGCGACGAAGAAGACUUACCAGAACUAGUACAUGUUGACGAAGAUUUCUUCUAUAUGGCUCACGUCAUACGCAUAGCUGCUUUUUUACACAGUUUAGUCUCUCUAGCAAUGCUGAUUGCUUACUACCAUUUAAAAGUACCUUUAGCCAUUUUCAAGAGGGAGAAAGAGAUAGCUCGCCGAUUAGAAUUUGAUGGUCUCUUCAUUGCAGACCAACCGGAAGAUGACGAUUUUAAAUCACACUGGGACAAAUUAGUGAUUUCUGCUAAGUCAUUCCCCGUUAACUAUUGGGACAAGUUUGUGAAAAAGAAGGUGAGACAGAAGUACAGCGAAACAUAUGACUUUGAUUCAAUCUCGAAUCUACUUGGAAUGGAAAAAAGCGCUUUCAUGGCGCAGGAGAGUGAGGAAGGUGGAUUGGUGAAGUACAUAAUGAAUAUAGAUUGGCGUUAUCAAGUAUGGAAAGCAGGAGUUACAUUUACCGACAACGCUUUCCUUUACUCGCUGUGGUAUUUCUCAUUCUCAGUAAUGGGCAACUUUAAUAACUUUUUCUUCGCAGCCCAUUUACUCGAUGUAGCCGUAGGUUUUAAAACACUUCGCACCAUUUUACAAUCGGUCACUCAUAACGGAAAACAACUUGUUCUCACUGUAAUGCUACUAACAAUUGUAGUAUACAUUUAUACAGUAAUUGCGUUCAAUUUUUUCCGCAAAUUUUACAUACAAGAAGAAGAUGAAGAGGUAGAUAAAAAAUGUCAUGACAUGCUGACUUGUUUUGUAUUCCACUUAUAUAAAGGAGUACGAGCAGGAGGAGGAAUCGGUGAUGAAAUCGGAGAUCCCGACGGAGAUGACUACGAAGUUUAUCGUAUUAUUUUUGACAUCACGUUCUUCUUUUUCGUUAUUAUUAUACUUCUAGCCAUUAUUCAAGGUUUGAUUAUAGAUGCUUUUGGUGAGUUACGUGACCAACUUGAAUCAGUUAAAGAAAAUAUGGAAUCAAAUUGUUUUAUAUGUGGCAUGGGAAAAGAUUUCUUUGACAUAGUUCCUCACGGUUUUGAUACUCAUGUGCAAAAGGAGCAUAAUCUUGCAAAUUACAUGUUCUUCUUAAUGCAUCUAAUCAAUAAGCCGGAUACAGAAUACACUGGUCAGGAGACUUAUGUAUGGAAUAUGUAUCAACAGAGGAGUUGGGACUUCUUCCCAGUUGGCGAUUGCUUCCGUAAACAGUAUGAAGACGAGCUAUCAGGAGGUGGCGGAGGUAGUUAAACAAAAUAUUUUUUCACAUGUUACAUCAUUGAGAAUAUUAUAGAAAGCACUGAUCUUUCAAUCAUAUAUAAAAUAUUACGAUUUAUUCUUUGUAAAUAAUUACUCUAAAAAAAUAAAUUUUAAUAUCGAGCGUAA